GUUGUUCACAAAUCUGAUAAUCUGACAUCUGUUAGUAUGGUACAACUAUGGUAGUCCGGAACUACUGGAAGUUACUUACUGUUUAACUAGUUAAAAUACCAAUCUUUAUUCUUUAUAUUUGAUGAUUUCAAAUUCAUUCAAUUGUAUGCAUAUUGUGUUGUUCUUAAAAAUGUAAAAUGGUGUUAGAAUCUUGUUCUGUCAAAAGAUUACUGCUGUUAAUAAUUUUCAUUGGAGGAAUUACGCUUCUAAUAUUUAUAAAAAUUACAUCUUCAAGUACAUUGUCUGGUCUAAAUGCUACUAUUGCAACGGAGGCGUCCGAAGGUGUAAAAGAUCAUAAAAAUUCUUCAAAUAAAUGUUGGUUGCGAGAAGAAAAUACAAUUCUAGAGGAGUGUCAUUUGUGUUCAGACAAACUUGAAUGCAUUAAUGCAAGUUAUGUUGAAACUAUUGAAUGCAAAAUUUCUGGAUUAACAUAUAGAAAUUGCAACAAGCCAACCAUUCAAACGUCAGAAAAAGAAUUUUGGUUAUUCCAAGGCUCACAAUUUGUUAUUGCUGUAAUUAGUUUAUCUGUUAUACAAUACAAAAAAAAACAUUUUCAUAAAAAGUUUAUGAAAAGAAUACAAAAACAAUUAGAUUCCGUUGUAUAGUAGUAUAUAUGGUACAUCACAUAUUGUACAAAUAAAAAAAUUAAUCAGUUUUUCCAUAAAAUAUAAUGUCUUCUUU